AAGGCGGUGUUGCCGUUCAGUUCGGUUGAAAAAAGCAUAAUAAUCGUUAUUCCUGGUGCGAACUGAACACCGACUCGCCAAACAGAGACCCAACCAUUGCGGACUAAACAAUUUUUUUUGCUGUGAUCGAGUGCUACGAGUCGAGUCGAGUCUAGUAUAGUAUAGUGUGGCAAAGUGCAGUUCAAUCCCACACACCAACUGCCAUUUGCAAUCUGCAAUAACAAAGAAAAUAAAGCCAAGAAUAAAGGUGAUCGCGCAAGUGCGGCAAAGUGCAAGUGCAGCGGAAAAGAGAGCUGCCCCCAAAAAGGAAGGAAACAGUUAGGAACAGAACUAAGGAAACGGGAAAGAAAGUUCGACCGUUACAACCGACAAAAUGACGACCAAAAUGGCCAUUAACGCAAAGGAUAUCUUCCGCAACCAACACCGCCUCAUCCGCUUCAUCGAACAGUCCAUCCGGCUGUGCAGCAACCAGUCCCUGAAGGCCGCCCAGCAUCAGCGGGAGCAGAAGGCCUCGGCCGACUUCCAGAUCACGGCCCAGGUGGACGCCCAGUACACGAGUGCCCCGGAGCCGAUCAAGCACGACCAGAAUGUGGGGCAUCAGUUCCGCGCCUCCCAGCUCUCCGUCCGGCUGGCCGCUCCCGAGCAGCUCCAGAUGAAGCCCGACAGCGACGAGGAUCUGGGCUUCGGCCGCCUCUUCACCGACCACAUGCUGAAGAUCUACUACCACAGGAACCUGGGCGGAUGGCAGCGGCCGGAGAUUACGCCGCUGGAGAAUCUAGUCAUGCAUCCGGCCGCCAAAGUCCUUCACUACGCCGUAGAGCUCUUCGAGGGCAUGAAGGCGUACAGGGGCGUCGACGGCAAGAUCCGCAUCUUCCGGCCGGACAUGAACAUGAACCGCAUGAACCUGGCCGCCCAGCGCUCCGGCCUGCCCACCUUCGAGGGCAAGGAGUUCGUCCAGUGCCUCUCCCGCCUGCUCUCCAUCGACUCCGAGUGGGUUCCACACACAGAUACCGCCAGCCUGUACAUCCGUCCCACCUUGAUCGGCAUUGAUCCCACCUUGGGAGUUGCCUCCUCGGACUCCGCCCUGCUCUACACAAUCCUCAGCCCGGUGGGAAGCUACUUCAAGACUGGAUCCUCCGGCGCCGUUUCCCUCCUGGCCGAUCCCAGCUACGUGAGGGCGUGGCCGGGAGGCGUGGGCAACCGCAAAAUGGGCUCCAACUACGCACCCACCAUCAACGUCCAGAAGGAGGCCGCCGCCAAGGGACUGCAGCAGGUCCUCUGGCUGUACGGCGAAGAGCACCAGCUGACCGAAGUGGGCACCAUGAACAUCUUCAUGUUCUACGUGAACGACCAAGGAGAACAAGAACUGAUCACCCCGCCACUGAGUGGCCUGAUCCUGCCGGGCAUCACUCGCGACUCCAUCCUGCGCAUGACCCGCCAGUGGGGCAAGUUCAAGGUGACCGAGGGCAACAUAACCAUGCCACAGGUCUGCGAGCUCCUCAACCAGGGACGGCUGCUGGAACUGUUUGGCGCCGGCACUGCCUGUGUGGUUAGUCCUGUCAACCGGAUCAACUACCUCGGCCAGGACCUCUACAUACCCACCAUGGAGCAGGAGAAGCCGGUCCACGAGCUCAUCCGUGAAACGCUCACCGACAUCCAGUACGGCAAGGUGGAUCAUCCCUGGUCGGUGGUGAUCGACUAAGGAUGCCCCCCAACCACUCUUAGUUCUCCCUGGUCCUUCCACCUGGACACCAACCCUCUGCCCCCCCUCCUAGUAUUGUGUAUUAGUGUAGGACCUAGUUGGUGGCCCGAACGGCUCGAAUCUGUUUCGUUUGAUUGUCGGGCGAUAUGAUCCCUUCUCGAUGUACUUCUAUUCUAUAUCCAAUCUGUAUCCUGUAAGUUGAGGAUCGGGCCGAUGUAGACCAUACGCCGAUCCGACUAAGUUGCAUUUAAAUGUAUAUUUAUUUAUUUAUGACAGGAAUUUAAUUGUAUAUUGUACAUAAUUCCAGCUGGUUCAAUGUUAUUUAUAGUUUCUAUACACCCUACCCCCCCUUUUUUUUUUUUUGAUACAUUAAUAGUUACUUGUUUUUUUUGACGCUAUGAAUCACCAUUUUGCGAUUUUACCUUCAAGCAGCAUCGAAAGAAAGCAAAAAUUACCAAUAAUAUAGUUUUAAAAUUGUAAGAUCUUUCGAAAAUCGAAAUGAGAAACAACAACAACAAAAAAUUGCGGAAAAUGUCCGCAUGUCAGGACCCGGAGUCGGCAUGUCCUGGCAAAUUGAAAAAAAACGUACCGGAGACGAAAUGCAUUUAUUAGCGAGUAAGUUAUCGAGGCGUUCUUGGAGGUAAAAAGCGGCGCGAGAGUCCGAGCUGUGACUAAAGCUAAUCUAUACCUGAACCUGUCAGUAGAACCUAGGCCUAGGCUGUAAUCCUAAUCCGAAUCAAGCUGUAUACUAUAUCUUUACUCUGUACCUUAGAUUGUAAGUGAAUCAUGCUAUGAAUAAACGAAGAGAAACGAA